AUUAUUUUUCAUUUUCUUUGUUUCUCUUUUCCACCGUUUUCUCUUUCUUUCUCAUCCCACAAACUCUUCCAUUUCGUAUCUAUAUGGUAUUUUUACUCUAAAUUCCACCGCGAACCUUCUAAAACUGCCGAAACCCAUCUCUCUUUCGAUCUUUCUUCUUCUUCCACUUUAUUUUUUGUUGUUGUUGUUAUUAUUAUUGUAAAUAUUAUUGGUUUUGGUGAAGAUAGUUUAACCAUGGCGGUGGAGACCAACGGCGAAUCUUCUGCCGCCGACUCCCAGAAGCCAUUACCGACACCGUUUUUGACCAAGACUUACCAGCUCGUCGACGAUCCCGCCAUUGACGACGUCAUCUCCUGGAACGACGACGGAUCUACCUUCAUCGUCUGGAAUCCGACUGUUUUCGCUAGAGAUUUGCUCCCUAAAUAUUUCAAGCAUAAUAACUUCUCCAGCUUUGUUAGACAACUCAACACCUAUGGAUUUAGGAAAGUUGUUCCUGAUCGGUGGGAAUUUUCUAACGACUACUUUCGCAAAGACGAGAAACGACUCCUGUGCGAAAUACAACGCCGGAAAAUUGCAACAACUACGCCGACAGUGGCGGCGAUCCCUACAGCGAGGCCUAUAAUAUCGCCGUCGAAUUCGGGUGAAGAGCAAGUUAUUUCUUCCAACUCAUCGUCGAUAGUAGCUCCCGCGGAGCUCGUAGAUGAGAAUGAGAGGUUAAGGAAGGAGAACCAGCAGCUCACGAAAGAGUUAGCAGAGAUGAAAACUCUCUGCAGUAAUAUCUUCAGUAUGGUUUCGAACUAUGCUUGUGUUCAAUCCGAUAGCGGUUUUCAGGCAAAGGAAGCCGGUUUUCGGGAAGUGAAACCACUGGAUUUGAUGCCUGGUAAGCGGUUUGGCGGCGAAGUGGAGGAGGUGGUUAUUGGGGACGGGAAAACGAGUCCGAAGCUAUUCGGUGUGACUUUAGGUAACAAAAGAGCUAGAGCUGACGGUGGGGAUAGAGCGGCGGCGGCGGCGGCGGAGGAUGAGAUGGAUCUACGGCUGCAGCAGCCGGCUGGAGUUGAUGUUAAAUCAGAGCCGUUGGAUGUAGACCAUCAGGAAAAACCGUGGCUUAAACAGUGCCACAGAGCUAAUCAGAGGGUCUGUAAUUGAUUACAGUGCAGCGGUUGUGUUCUAAUAUUAUCCGAAGUCCGUACAAGGAGAGGCACGUGCCGAAUGGAGUCACGUGCGUCGUUAACCUUUUGAGGACUUUGUUUCAAGAAGUUUCUUGGACCUACUACGCCGAACCCUUUUAUCCUUUCUAGAAAGACAGCUUUUUUUUUUUUUUUUUUUUUUCUUAUUAAGAGUAAUUUCGACCAAAAGGUUUCCGCCCAUGAAAUUAAUUAAUGAUGUACUGAAAACGUGUAGGGCUUAUGAAAUUUUAUGGCCCCAGCGUAAGUCUAGGGAGCUAUUGUUAUUGUUAUUGAUAGUUGAUUCAUACUAAAGUUAUAUAGAAUAAUUAGUGGUUUCAACUUUUGUUA